AUGGAUGCAGUAGUUGCUCUAUGUCAUUUCUGUGAACAACAUGGUCCAUCAGUUGUUAUGUGUACUCAACCCUUUAGGCAAACACAACAAUCAAAGUUAUCAGUGAUCAGUUCACAAAGUGGUGGUGGUGGUGCUGUAUUCACUGAUCCCCAAUCUGUGGAUAUUAAUUCAUAUCAAAGAAAUUUACCGAAUUUAAUGUUUCAAAAUCAUACGAGUGGCGCUGAUACAAUCCCAACGGGGUCAUCAGAUGUCUCAGCUAUCAUCUUGCCUUCACCUACCUCGAGAUUUUCAGUAACAACAGCACCAAGUGGAAGCGUGUCAUCGCAUUCUUCUUCCCUUCAACAACAACAGUCCUCGCAACAUCCAACUUGUAAAGCAUGCUCUUCUGUUAUGUUACGUGAUGAACCAGGGAUAAUAAGUCAUGAUCAGGCGGCGAAUACUUCAUACAUUUCCACGCAGUUCAUCAAAGAUGCUGAUUUGAAUACGUAUGUGCGUAACGCCUGUUUACGAAGCCUUUCUUGCGAGGUAUGUCCUGGACAAGUUGGUGUCUUCUAUUUCGGUGAUGAGACAAAUGGUCAUGUGUUUAGUUAUAAUUUCUCACUGAAUGAUUCACGUGCUCGAGGAAAUCAAAGUCGUUAUAGUAUACUAAUUAUAUCGUGGAAUAAAAUAUAUUUGUUGAAUUUGUGGUCAUUUUUAAUAUCUAAUAUAUCCCGUAUGGUAUCUCGAUUGCGUUUAUCAGCCAAUAAAGUGUUCAAUGAUGAAAUAUCCGACAAUGCUGUAGUCACCUCAACAGGUACAAAUCAAUGUCGCACAUCUACUGCAACAACAACCUCGGCAACUGCAGCUCCCUUAAGACGAUGUGCUACUCCACCGGCAGCUUUAGCUCCUGUACUCUAUGGUCAGGCAAUAGCCGCAGGGAAUGCAGUCGCGGCGACAAAUUCUAGUUUUUAUCCCCAUCAUCAUUCAACUCUGGGUAGAGAAACACGACAGAAAAGAGCUACCGAUUCAGAUAUGCGUUCACUAGCUGAUCUGACGAAAGAUGAUCAGAUAUUUUAUCGUAUCCAUGCAUGGUUCACUUGGUUACUUCGUGCUGGUGGUCGUCGUUGGAGUGUACUGCCGUCAGUGAUCGCCCCACCUGAAGAUGAAGAUACCUUGAUUAUGCAAGAGGAACAUGAAGCGCUUCUGACAGCUGGUGUCGACCAUUUGAUGUCAUCAAUGAAUCUAUCCAAUCCAGUUAUUAGUAAUACCAUUACUCCUAGUAUUUCUAGUGCUAAUAAUAUUCCUAAUACUGCCAAUAUAAGUAAUAUCAAUAGUAGUAGUAGUAAUAAUAAUAUUAAUGUUACCACUGGUUCAAGUUAUAAACAACCAAUGAGUCAUUCCAGUAGUUCAACUCUGUUGUUCAAACCGUCAGUAUCGCCAGACAAUAGUUCAUCCAACCUGGUGGAAGAUAUAACAACACUGGAUUUCAGUUGUCUGUCGUCUGAAAUGGAGAAUUCUGUUUCUUUAUUAAUUUUAUCAAGACUAUAUCAUGUACUUGGUGUCAUGCCAUUCAGUCGGCUUGUUCAACAUAUAGCAAUCGGUAAUCAAAUUGUUGUUCAACCUUUGGAUGAGGAUAUCAAUGCUACAUUGACAUUAUCUGCAUUGGCUAAACUAUUACCUAGAGGAUGUAUUAGACAGGUUUUAGCAAAUCACGAAUACUUGCCUCCGUUUCGUUGUAAUCUGUUAAGUUUAUCAAUUCAUACGGCUUCAAGUAUAUCGUCAUCUACUGGAUACAACGAUGGUCAAGAAGGCGGUGACAUGCCAUCGACGACGACUGUCAAUGAACAUGUUUUAUACUUAGCUGUUUAUCGUUAUCGUUACGGCUGUCACAAUUUGCCGAAUAGGACAUCGUCAGGAGGCGGCCAAAGUGAAAAUGAUGAGCAAUUAUCUCGUAUGCAGUGUUAUGUGGAUUCGUUGUACUUCCGAUUAAGUUCCACUUUACCUUCUCUGGAUCCAGAGAUUGUAUCGUUUAAACAAACACUGUUGAGUCAACUGAAAGUUGGUAUGAAUAAAAAUGUGUCGCUGGAUAUUGUAAAUCUUCCCUCAGUUAUUCCUUCUGGUAUCGGGGCUGUUGUCAAUGUUGGUGGUGGAGUUCGUCAACUAUUACCCUCACCUAUUUCAUUUAGUGGUGGUGGACGUCUCCAAGUCUCAAGUUAUGUUGAUCAGAUCAUAAAGCUGCUCAGCAUCAAUCCCCCACUACCAAUUGAUGUUUAUGAGGUGGCUUUAAACACUGUCAAACACGACUGGAUCAAUCGGGCAAGAUUGUUAUAUUCAUUUAAACGAUGCCAGGGUCCAUCUCUUAGCGGUGAUGAAGCAACUCGUCGAUGGGCAGGCGUGCUCGCAUCAAUAGGUUGUGCAUCGCCAGAAAAUGCAGCUGUCGCUAGAUUUUGGCAAGGUGCACUUAGCCAACAUUCACGGAAUCACCACGUGUGUCAUUUACGUAAACGUCCAACAACGACAACGUCCAAUUCAACGACAACCUCACGACGUGGUUCAUUCUGUUCAAGUAAUGUUGAUUUGAGUGCGCUAUUUGCUGCGGCGACGAAUAUAUCGAACACCUCCUCCACAAUGACGGCUACCACGUUCAGCGAGUAG